GUUGCUGUUUACACUUGCUUCUGACACAACUAUGCUCACGAGCAAACACACAAAGAGACAACAUGGUGCAUCUGACUGCUGAGGAAAAGGUCACUGCCCUGUGGAACAAGGUGGACGUGGGUAAGAUUGGUGGUGAGGCCCUGGGCAGGUUGCUGGUUGUCUACCCAUGGACUCAGAGGUUCUUCGACAGCUUUGGGGACCUGUCCUCUGCGGAUGCCGUCAUGGGCAAUCCCAAGGUGAAGGCUCAUGGCGCCAAGGUGCUCCAGUCCAUGGGUGAUGGCAUCAAAAACCUGGACAACCUCAAGGGCACCUUCUCCAAGCUGAGUGAGCUGCACUGUGACAAGCUGCACGUGGAUCCUGAGAACUUCAGGGUGAGUCCAGGAGAAGGGCCACUGCUUCCUUUCCGCGUGGGGGUCUCUCCCUUUGGUCUGUGAUCAAACUGUGCUCUC